AGAGGAGGGCCGGCCCUUCAUCUUCAUCAGGCGGAGUUUCUCUUCUUUUUCUUCUCCUUCUUCUUCUUCUUGUUCUGGUCAGCUCACUGACUCGGAGUCCUCCCGUCAGCCCCAGGACCAGCUGCAGCUGGACCAGGACCAGGAGGACCGGGACCGGCAGAGUGCAGGAGGUGACUCUCCUCCUCCUCCUCGUCGUCUUCUCCUCGGCGUCUUCUUCGUCGUCGUCACGCGUGUUGGUGUUUCGGAGCGAAGGAGAUGCUGGGCUCGGUGAAGAUGGAAGGUCAGGAGGCUGCGGACUGGACUUGCUUCUACGGCGACGAGGUGUACUCCCCGAUGUCGGCGGGCCUGGGGAUGGGCUCGGUGUCCGGCUACAUGUCGGCCGGCGGCGGGGCGGCGUCGGCGGCGGCGUCCUUCAACAUGGCGUACGGCGGACCCGGCAUAAGCCCCGCCCCCGUGUCCGGGAUGGGCGUGUCCUGUCUGGGCAACGGCGGCGGCAUGAGCGGGGCCAUGAGCCCGUGCGGCGGCGCGGGGCAGGCGCCGGGGCCGCAUCACCACCACCACCACCACCACCACCACGCGUACGGCGGGGUCAGUCCCGGGGCCCAGUACGGCGGCGGCGGGGGCGGGGGCUUGAGCCUGAACCUGAACCGAGGCCGCGACACCAAGCCGCCGCGGCGCAGCUACCCGCACGCCAAGCCGCCGUAUUCCUACAUCUCGCUCAUCACGAUGGCCAUCCAGCAGGCGCCGGGCAAAAUGCUCACCCUCAGCGAGAUCUACCAGUGGAUCAUGGAGCUGUUCCCCUUCUACCGCAACAACCAACAGCGCUGGCAGAACUCCAUCCGCCACUCGCUGUCCUUCAACGACUGCUUCGUCAAAGUGUCCCGCUCGCCCGACAAACCGGGCAAAGGUUCCUACUGGACGCUGCACCCGGACUCCGGGAACAUGUUUGAGAACGGCUGCUACCUGCGCCGCCAGAAGCGCUUCAAGUGCGACAGGAAGAGCCCGGCGGACGGCCGAAAGGAGCGCAACGAUGGCGGCGGGGGCGGGGGCUCGCCCUGCGGCCACGCCCUCAAACCUCCGGCGCUCGCCGACGCGUCCCCGCUGCCCUCGUCCAGCCGCCGCUCGCCGCCCGGCCCCGAGGGCGCCAAAGCGCCCGGCCCGCAGCUGCUCUCGUCCCUGUGCCUGCCCCCGCACGGCAUGGAGCUGAAGGGCGACGCCCACUACGCCUUCAACCACCCCUUUUCCAUCAACAAUCUCAUGUCGUCGCCCGAGCAGCACAAACUGGACCUGAGGGCCUACGACGCCCUCCAGUACUCGUCCUACGGCGCCGGGAGGGGCGGCGAUCCGCUGGAGGCACCCUACUACCAGGGGGCCUGCGCCAGAGCGCUGCUCAACACCUCCUAGGGCGGCGGCGGGGGGGCGGGGGCCGCAAACUUUGGGGCUUGACUUCAAAACCACCAUCUAAAAAGGACGCCGAGCCGGGAAAAGCUACCUUCCCUUUUCCCACAUUGUGGGCGCAUUUCCUGCCUUUUUUCUUGCCUUUUCACUGUCAUUGGUUUUGGGGCCGCGGGGUCUCGCGCUGCGCGGACACCCUCAAGCCUCCAGGACCGCUCGACAUGUCCCAGUCGCCCUGGUCCAACGGAGCAGGCAGG